AUGCCAGAUGAAGAAUUGAUAUCAUUGUACUCACUGGGCAUUGCAGCACUCAUUGCAAUCUCAUUCCUCUCAUUGACGAUCAUUGUUGCAUUGCCCGCCCUGUUCAAACGUCCCAUCUAUUUGCGAUCACAGAACCGUGUGACACCUGAACAUCGAGUGCUCAUUGCUGAUUACUUCAUCUUUGCACUCCUGCCCAGUGUAGCAAUCUUUAUCAUUGGUUCAUCAAUCAUUCGAAUGGCAUCAUUUGGUAUUGACUAUUUUACAAUCGGAAUCUAUCCAUCAUUAUCAUCA